AUGAAUGUCCCGGGGGUCUCGGGGGGUCCCGGGGGGCCGCUGCUCCCGGUGAGCUCCGGGAGCCCCCCCGAGCUGCGGCGGCGGCCCGGGGACACCGGACAGCGGCCCGAGGAGCUGGAGGCUCUGGGGACCCCCGUGCAGGUGGUGGCAGCCGGGCAGGAGCUCCGGGCCUUUGGGGACAUCGAGGAGGAGCCCAAAGUCAUCGGGUACUUCGAGGGACGGGACUCGGAGCCCUUCCAGGCCUUCUCCGCCACCGCCCAGCGCUUCCACCCCUCCCUCCUCUUCUUCGCCACCUUCGACCCCCAGCCCUUCCUGGAGCAGCCCCGGAGCUUUCGGGGGGACCCCGGGGACCCCCACGGGCUCGAGGCCUCCAUGGAGAGCAACAAGCGGGCCACUCUGCAGAAACUCAAAGCUCAGAGCACGUCCCAGAACUGGGAGGACCUUUGGGAUGGGACCCACAUCGUGGCCUUUGCCGAGGGGGAUGAUCCCGACGGGUUCGAGUUCCUGGAGAUCCUGAAGGAGGUGGCCCAGGACAAGAGGGACAAUCCCGAUUUCAGCAUCCUGUGGAUCGAUCCCCAUGAUUUCCCGCUGCUCGUCCCCUCCUGGGAGGACACCUUUGACAUCGACCUGUCCCGGCCCCAGCUCGGCGUGGUCAAUGGCACUGACCAUGCCGGCAGCGUGUGGCUGGACAUGGAGGAUGAGGAGGAUCUGCCGGGACCUGAGGAGGUCCUGGGGUGGCUCGAGGAGGUUCUGGAGGGGGACACUGGGGACAGGGAUGGCCAUGACGAUGAAGACGAUGACGAUGAAGAUGACGAUGAUGAUGAAGACGAUGACAAUGAAGAUGAAGAUGAUGACGAUGAUGAUGAUGAUGACGAUGGUGACAAAGUUGAUGACGAUGAUGGUGCUGACUCAUAACAAUGAUGACGAUGACGAUGAUGUCGUCACUGACGAUGUUGAAGAUGAUGACAAUUACAAUGAUGAUGAUGAUGACGAUG